AAUAAAUUAACAAAAAGGGUUAUAAACGAAAAAGAAAAAACAAGAAUAUUUUUUCAAUUUUUUUGAUAAAGCCACGCGGACGAUGACGAAACAGCAAGAAAAACAUGUUAUAGUUUUAACUGGAAAUGGCACUAUUUUCUGUUUUGCCAACAACCUCGCAAGUUAGAGCCUUACCGCCUCACGCAAUAAACAAAUUGAUGAAUCCCGCACUCUCAAUCUCUCUGUCUUUCUCCUUUGACUGCUGAUUCCGAAUACUGACUUCAAAGAUCUUCUUCAAGUUGCUGCUGCUGGGGACAUCUUUGGGAUCAAAUGGCUAACCAGGAAGCAUCAGUUAGACAAGAUGAUUAUCUGAGGGUCUCCAUAUUAGGGGAUACAACAACAGAUACAAAUUCAAGCUCAUCCAAGACAAUAAGGCAUCAUAUUUCUGACUUAAAGAUGAUGCUUGUCGAAUUAUACAGAGGAAAACCCUUCUCAUUUUGGAUUCUUCUUCUUCUUAGUGGGGGAGCCAUGCUUAUUGCAUUCCCUGCUUCAAGUCUUUUAUCGCGUCUCUACUAUUCAAAUGGGGGUAAAAGCAAAUGGAUUUUGUCAUGGGUAGCAGUUGCAGGAUGGCCAUUAACUGCUUUAGCCUUAUUGCCUACCUACAUCUUUUGCAACACAUAUCCUACGCGUUUGAACUUGAAACUCACCAUUUCUUAUGCAGUUGUGGGUUUCUUAAGCGCAGCUGAUAACCUGUUGUAUGCAUAUGCCUAUGCCUACCUUCCAGCAUCAACUGCUUCUCUUCUGGCAUCUUCAUCCCUCAUCUUUUCUGCAUUAUUUGGUUAUCUCCUUGUUGGAAACAGGAUAAACGCUUCAAUCAUAAAUUCUGUUGUCAUGAUAACUGCUGCUUUAACCAUUAUUGCACUAGAUUCAGACUCUGAUUUGUAUGGUAAUGUGAGUAAAACCCAGUACACAAUGGGAUUUGUGUAUGAUAUCCUGGGAUCUGCUCUCCAUGGACUCAUAUUUGCGUUAUCUGAGUUAUUAUUUGUGAAGUUGUUGGGGAGAACCUCGUUCCAUGUGGUUCUUGAGCAGCAUGUCAUGGUUUCUUUAUUUGCAUUUACAUUUACGACAGUAGGCCUUGUUGUGGGGAGGAGUUUCCAAGGGAUGGAAGAAGAGGCCAGAAAUUUCAAGGGUGGAAUAACUUCAUACUCCAUGGUCCUUGUUUGGAGUGCAAUAACCUUUCAAUUGGGAGUGUUGGGUGCCACAGGAGUGCUAUUUUUAGCAUCUACAAUGCUUGCAGGGGUUCUUAAUGCAGUCAGAGUGCCGCUCACAAGCAUUGCAGCUGUCAUACUGCUAAGGGACCCCAUGAGUGGUUUCAAAAUCCUUUCUUUGGUUAUUACUUUCUGGGGAUUUUGUUCUUAUAUUUAUGGUAGUAGACCUUCCAAGAAUGAUCAUUCUACAACUUCUUUCUGAUGCUGCAGAACAUUUCCGGUGCUUUUAUUUCCGAUAAUGUUAUUCUGGUGUGGCCUGUAGUCACUGAACAUCCGAUCUUGUUUAUCGAUGGCCAUUUUUCACUGUCCUUGCACAAUCGUACUGCAGAGAUUUCUCAAGCUUUAUGGAAACUGUAAUUAGGUUGUAUAUGCUUUGCUUAUCUCUGUUAUAGUACAAAUAUUCAUGUCUCCAUUAAACACAUUCAAGAAUUAAGUUUUAUAUAUAUAGCAAAACUUGUCAGAAACUA